AUGACUCCCAACAACCAUCUCACUGGAAUGAUCGCAGCAUAUGUCGAUGACUUGCUGAUGUCAGGGGACGGUGGUGCUGAAGCUUCUCUUUUCCAACUUGGACAACGUUUGGGCUUUUUGGAACGACCGAACGGGAUUGUUUGGUGUGGAAAACAGUUUACACGAAAUGCCCGGCCUGGGGAGGUGACAAUUGACAUGUGUACCUACCGCAAGAACCUCAAGCAGCGGGUGAUCUCCAGGGAGAGGAAGCACAAUCCCUCUAGCUUGCUUGGACCACAGAAACUCCGACAACUUCGAGGGGUAUACUGGGAUCUCUGCACUGCUGGGGAGAAUCCUCCGACGGUGAGUACCUUGAUCCGAACAAACAAGGUGAUCAAAGAAUCGCAGGCGACACAAGACUUCAUGCUCCACUACUGCCACAGUCUCGAAGUCAAUCGCCCAGAAGUGAUGGCAGUCACCGACUCUGCACUUGGAAACGAUAACAGCCAAGGGCCAACAGAGGUGGACAAGAUGUUGAAGGAGAUGAUGGAUGAACGACCUGGGAUUUUCAAUGUGCCUGAUUUUCAAAGCCAUCGUCUGCAACGGGUGUGUCGCUCAUCCUUUGCGUCCGAAACACUUGCAGCAGAAGCAGGUUUGGAUGCAGCCGAGCUAUGUCGUGGUUGCAUUGCGGAGAUGCGUGGAGUUUCCAUGACGGACAAGCACGCCUUCUACAACGUGUGCAUCGUGCUGCUGAUGGGUGUGACCGAAGCCAAAUUGGUGCAUACGGCCGGGUGA